AAGAAGAAAAAAAUAGGAGAAUGGAUAGCUUUGUUUGUAUUAUCACAGGCUGUAACUCCUUAACCGGAAUUGGCCGCGCCUCCGCAUAUGCUUUUGCGAAGAAAACACCAAAAGUUAUUUAUGUUACGGAUAUCCAUGAUAACAAUCUUGCCACCUUGUCAGAAGAUAUCACAGAAACCACUGGCGUCGCGUGUAUUCCCAAAGUUGUCGAUGCUAGUUCAGACAAGGAUAUUCAGGCAGUAAUUGACGACGCCUUAGAAAAGUAUGGCCGUUUAGACGUCUUUUUUGCAAACGCUGGUGUUGGUGGAAACCACCCUAUGGCUACACAAACAAUGGAAGGGUUUCUUGAGAUGAUGCGUAUUAAUACUUGGAGUGUUUUUGCCGCGAUCAAAUAUGCAUCUGUGGCGAUGGAAAAAACAUCAGAAGAUAAGAUCAAGUCUGGUGGCUCAAUUAUUGCUACAGCUUCAGUUGCUGGUUUGAGAUCAGGUGCUGGUCCUGUGUCUUAUUCGGCUUCAAAAGCAGCUGUUAUUAAUAUUUGCCAGUCCGCUGCUUGGAGAUUACACGGGAAAGACGUUCGUGUUAAUGCAAUUUGUCCCGGUAUAAUUGAAACAGAAAUGACAGGACGUGUUUUAAACGCGAUUGCCAAUGAUGCAUAUGAGUCAAAAUCCAUAAAAUAUAAUUCUGCUCUGGAAAGAUGUGGCAAACCAGAAGAAAUUGCUACAAUGGCUGCUUUUCUGGCCAGCGCUGAAGCAUCCUUUGUAACAGGACAAGCUAUGGUAGUCGACGGUGGUCUAAGUGCCGCAUUACCAUAUACUCCUAAAUUUGCAGCCGCUUGAAAUGGAAUAAACUAUAAUCUAAAU